CUUGCCACUGCCGCUUCUUUUGGGCGGCGUUUUUCGGGGAAACUGUUUCGGUGUCCAGGAUUGAAGGAAACUAAAGGUUGGAGAAUUAUAAGCUGUUGUGACAUUUUUUGGCAAAGCAGAACGCAAUGGCGCCAAAGACGCCGCCAUUUUCGCAGCUCGACAAAAUGGCGACAAGGACAUCCACAUCCGCAUCCGCAUUCACAUCCAGUUGGCUCUGCCGCAUGCUGCUACUCGGCUUUUGCAUUGGCGCCGCUGCCGCUCGAGAAAUUCCAUCGCCAAUGGACCUCUCAGACGUAGCUUUUUACUGUCCUGGAGAGGGUUUGUUUGCAGACGACUAUGAUUGCCGGAUUUAUUAUCGUUGCGAGCGGCGGUCGGGCCAAUACAUUAAACCUUACCUGCUGGCGUGUCCGGAGGAUGCGGUCUUCUCCCGCACGCUGAAAAUGUGCCUGCCGCCCGCAAUGGCCGGACGCGAUGAGUGCGUGGAUCAGGUGAACGAGGUGGACGGCAGCAUGGAGUUGGGGAAGUGGGAGACGGACCAGGACGUCUACGAGCAGGAUGACCGUAAUGCUGUGCUUAACAUGGCCGUCACACCUGCGGCCAAUGAGCUGCGCUCCUACGCGUCGGCACAUCGUCUGCCCACGAAUUAUGGCCUGGCAGGACUCAGUGGCGUCUCUGUCAUAUCCUUCUCCAGCUCCUCGUCUCUGAGAGCUGCGGACGCUGGGGAGGAGGAGGGAGCAAUAAUUUGCCGAGAUGAUGGCUUCAUGAGCGAUCCCAGCGACUGCACCGUGUUUUAUCGUUGCAUCUCGAAUGGACGGGGCUAUAACAAAAUCGGCUUCCGCUGCUCGGACGGCACGGCGUGGGACGAGUCCCUUCAGUCCUGCAACCACAUGUUUGACGUACGUGCCAACGGUGGCUGCCGCAACCAGGCGGAACCCCAGAACGAUGGUUAUUAUGCUGGCCAAACGUCAACACAGUCGUCGGAAUCCAGUUACCAGAACUCAACCUCCAGCAGCCAGCAGAGCUCGUCGACCAGCUCCUCCAACUCCUCCCAGAGCUCCAGCUCCACAUCCAGCUCCAACUCCAGUUCUAGCUCCAGCCAGGAGUCUUCAACAUCCAGUAGCAAUCAGCAGUCCAGUUCCACAUCCAGCAGCAAUCAGGAAUCCAGCUCUGGUUCCAGCAGCAAUCAAGAAUCCAGCACCAGCUCCAGCAACAAUCAAGGAUCAAACAAUAGCGGCAGUCAAUCAUCUAGUGGCAACCAGAACCAAAGCUCUGGUGGUAGCCAAAGCUUAGGAAGCAGUCAGUCCUCUAGCAGCAACCAAAACCAAAGCUCGCAGGGCUCUGGAAGCAAUCAAAGCUCCAGCAGCAACCAGUCCUCGAAUAAUAAUCAGAAUGCCGGCAGCAAUCAAAGCUCCAGCAGCAACCAAUCCUCUAGCAGCAACCAGGCUUCCAGUAGCAACCAAUCCUCCAGCAGCAAUCAUGGCUCGUCUGGCAAUCAAUCCUCAAGUGCUUCUAACAACCAGACCGUGCCCACCAAGUGCGAAGAUGAGAACACCUACAUUCCCGAUCAGAAAGACUGCGCCAAGUUCUACAGAUGUCGACUGGAUAAGGAGGGAAACUUGGAGCAAGUGCCUUUCACCUGCGGGCCAGGCACUGUAUGGAACCAAGUAGAUAAAGUAUGCGACCUACCCACUGACGACCAAAAGAAGCAAUGCAACAUACAGUCGGGCUCGUCCAGUGGCAGCAGCAACUCUGGAAGCAACUCUGGCUCCAACAGCAGCAAUCAAUCUUCUGGCAAUCAGGGAUCAUCCAGCAAUCAGUCUUCAAGCUCCUCUAACAAUCAAGGCUCAUCUAGCAAUCAAGGAUCAUCCAGCAAUCAGUCCUCAAGCUCAUCUAACAACCAAGGCUCAUCUAGCAAUCAGUCUUCAGGCAACCAAGGCUCGUCAAGCAAUCAGUCUUCUAGUAACCAAGGAUCAUCUAGCAGUCAAGGAUCGUCUAGUAACCAAGGCUCAUCUGGCAGUCAGUCAUCCAAUCAAAGCAGCAAUCAAGGCUCAUCCAGCAACCAAUCUUCUAAUCAAGGCUCGUCUUCAUCUUCUAACAACCAGCAGAGUUCAUCGUCCAGUAAUCAGAGCUCUUCGUCCAAUAAUCAGACCUCAUCCGCUAGCAACGAAUCAUCCACUUCCAAGCCAUCUAACCCUGAUGGCGAAUGUCAGGAUACGGAAACAUACAUAGCCGACAAGAAAGAUUGUGCUCGAUUCUACCGGUGUGUGGAAAAUGGCAACGGUGGCUUCAACAAGGUACCUUUCGACUGCUCCCCAGGAACUGUAUGGGAUCCUGACACGAAGGGCUGCAAUCAUCCAACUGAUGUCCAAAAGGAACAAUGCAAAGCCAUGGCAAGCGGAAGUGGCAACUCUUCCAACCAGGGAUCUUCAUCCAAUCAGGGAUCAUCUUCUAACCAAGGAUCGUCCUCUAACCAGGGCUCAUCUUCAAACCAGGGAUCUUCAUCCAACCAGGGAUCCUCCUCCAACCAGGGAUCUUCCUCCAACCAGGGAUCGUCUUCCAACCAGGGGUCAUCUUCGAACCAGGGAUCUUCAUCCAACCAGGGAUCUUCGUCCAAUCAGGGAUCGUCUUCCAACCAGGGGUCAUCUUCGAACCAGGGAUCUUCAUCCAACCAGGGAUCGUCCUCCAACCAAGGUUCAUCAUCCAACCAAGGAUCGUCCUCUAACCAGGGAUCUUCAUCCAACCAAAGUUCAUCUUCCAACCAGGGAUCGUCCUCGAACCAAGGAUCCUCUUCCAAUCAGGGAUCGUCAUCGAACCAAGGAUCAUCUUCCAACCAAGGAUCUUCCUCGAACCAGGGGUCAUCUUCGAACCAGGGAUCUUCAUCAAACCAAGGAUCAUCUUCCAACCAGGGAUCCUCCUCCAACCAAGGCUCUUCUUCCAAUCAAAGUUCAUCAUCCCAGCAGUCUUCGUCCUCUUCAAACCAGUCAUCUUCCUCAUCCACUGAAGGAUCUACUUCAUCAACUACCCAGAAACCUUUCAAACCAGCGGAGAAAUGCGAGAGCGAGGAAACAUUCCUAGCAGACAACGAGAAUUGCUCAAAGUUCUAUCGGUGCGUGGACAACAAUAAGGGAGGAUUCUCAAAGGUUUCCUUCACCUGCCCACCAAACACCCUGUGGGAUCCCGAAGCCAACAGCUGUAACCAUCCAGAUCAGAUCCAGACCAAGCCACUCAAGUGCAAAAAAGUUGUGAAUCAGGGUGGAUCUUCAUCCAGCAACAGCAGUUCUAGUUCGAGCAGUUCCUCGAACAGUGGAUCAUCGUCAUCGAACAGUGGUUCAUCCUCUAGCAGUGGCUCAUCUAACCAAGGAUCCUCGUCCAACCAAGGUUCUUCUUCCAACCAGGGGUCGUCUUCCAACCAGGGAUCUUCAUCAAACCAAGGGUCUUCCUCGAACCAAGGAUCAUCUUCCAACCAGGGGUCCUCAUCCAACCAAGGAUCCUCCUCUUCUACAAGCGGAUCCUCCUCAUCAUCUAGCAACAAUAACAAUCAGGGUUCUUCGACGUCAUCUUCUAGUUCUUCCUCCUCUAGCAGUAGCUCGAAUCAGGGAUCCUCAUCAACCAGCAGCAGCAGUUCAUCGUCCUCGUCUUCCUCAAAUACGCCAACAAACUCGAACCCCUCUGAAAGCUGUACCUUCAAUGGACAGUUCAUUGGAGAUCGCAACGUCUGCGCCAGAUUCUAUCGUUGCGUGGAUAAUGACAGAGGUGGCUUCAAUAUGGUGGCCUUCAACUGCGGCCCUGGUACUGUUUGGGAUGCCCAAACCCAAGCUUGUAACCAUCCUUGGGCUGUGAAGGAGUGUGGUGGCACUGCUCCGGUUACGCCUGCAACUUCCACAGCCAGACCAACGGCCAGGCCAACGACUUCUAGACCACAGCAGCAGCCAACCUCUACCUCCAGGCCCUCAGGUUCAUCUACGACUCCUCGUCCCAGUUCCCGGCCUACAACAUCCUCGCCUUCAUCAACUAGUCAGCCAACUUCUAGUCCGGUUACCCAAUCCCCCAACACCAAUGGCCAAUGCAGAUCAGAGGGCUUUAUGGCCGAUCCCAACAAUUGCAAUAAGUUCUACCGUUGCGUUAGUAACAACAAGGGAGGAUUUACCGCCAUCCCCUUCCAGUGUGGAGCUGGCACCGUUUGGGACCAGGACUUGCAGACAUGCAACCACAAUUUCAACAACUGCAACACAGGGCAAGACACCACGCCGAAACCGCCUUGUGAGCCAGCCACCAACGGAACAACCACGACCUCUGAACCAGUAACGUCCACAACACCUAACCCAACCACCACGACAACUAACCCAACCACCACGACCACUCAACAGAGCACCACAACUGACUUGCCAGAUGUCCCCACUACAUCUUCACCACCAACAACCACGACAGAAUCGCCAAUCACGACCACAACUUUAGUGCCACCCAGCACCACAGAUAUGCCGACCACUACAUUGAUUUCUUCUACAACAACCCCGGGCAAUACCGAACAGGAAACCACAACAUCGCCUGUGACAACCACUAUGAAACCACUGCCAGCGGGUACGGAAUGCACGGGCGAGGGUUACAUGGCAGAUCCCAUAGAUUGCCGCAAAUACUAUCGCUGUAUCAGCACCGGAUCCUCGUACCGAAAGUACAACUUCACAUGUCCGAAGGGCACUGGUUGGAAUGAAGAUGUCCAGACCUGCGACUACAUGGAAAACAUACCCAGGUGCUCAAAUCUGCCGACUGAGACUACCACCCCGGCUGAAGAGUGGAAGGAUCCGGGCACCACAACGCCACAGCCUGAAGGACCUCCCACCAAGCCAACAACUACUAGGGAGCCUUCAACCGAAACACCCACAACCCAGCAGCCUGUGACAGAUAAACCCACUUCGAAGCCCACCACGAAACCAACGACUACAGAAGAGCCCGUUACUAAGCCGCCAACAAAGCCCACGGAGAAGCCGACGACUACAGAAGAGCCCGUAACGAAGCCGCCAACAAAGCCUACGGAGAAACCCACAAUGAAGCCGACGACUACAGAAGAGCCCGUCACUAAGCCGCCAACAAAACCCACCGAGAAACCAACCACAACAGAGGAGCCCUCGACUGGUACCCCUGGCUACAAUCCCACUACAACGAACAUGCCGGGAUACCCGCCUACCACCACUGCCGAACCUACUACGGUACCUCCAACUACUACCAACGAACCAGCUACAACCACAACCCAACAAAGCUCUGAAACCACCACAACUGAGGGGCCAACCACCACGAAUCAACCCGAGCCCCAGCCCAACUAUAACUGCACCUCGGAGGGCUUCUUCCCCGAUCCUGAAGACUGCCGCCGGUACUACCGCUGCGUGGAUGCGGCCAAAAAUGGAAAGUACCAAGUCUACGCCUUCAAGUGCGGCAAAGGAACAGUCUGGGACUCUUCGACCGAGACGUGCAACCAUGCAGAUCAGGUGUCAGGCAAUUGCUCCUCGGGGCAGACGACUUCGCCAGGAACCACGAUUGAGCCUGAAACCACAGAGAGCUCAAGCACAACUGGAAGCACUGAAGCCACCACAACAGUUAGUACUGAAACCACUACAACCACAGGAACUCCUGAAACAACGACUACGCCGGGAGGACCAGAAACGACCACUUCAAACGCCACUGAGACCACUACCACCGCUCCUCCUGAGACCACUACCACUGCCACUCCUGAGACAACCACCGGUGGCACAACUGAAACCACUACGAAAGCUCCCAAGCCAGAGACCACAACCACAAAUGGACCCGAAACUACGACAAAUCAACCUACUAGUGAAACAACAACCACUGAGAGUCCUCAACCAACAAAUCCCGACACCAACACCACUGCACCCUGUCCACCCACCAGUCCUGGACAGAAUGUGUUCGUCUGCCCCACCGGAUUCCGAAAGCAUCCCGAGAAAUGCGGCAUGUUUUACCAGUGCAGCGAGAGCUCGGAUAGCAACGACCUGAACAUCGUUGUCUUCCAGUGCCCCAACGGAACUGUCUACCAGGACAAGACCUGCAGGUGCGGAAAGCCCCAGGCUGAUGACAAAUGCAACAAGGAUAUGAAGAGGACCACUAGUCUGUUUGAACAGGAACCAAAGCUCCAGAAUGUGGUACAAAUUAGCUCCACCGCGCCCCUUUGCCCGGAUGAGGGUCACUUCGCCCUGAACGAAGACGAGUGCGGACAGCUAUUCGUGAAGUGUGGCUACUCCGAGCAGACAGGACGCAUCGAGGGUCAGAUCCACCGCUGCCCACAAGGAUUCGCCUACUGGAACGUGAGCCGUCGCUGCGAGCCAGCCCGGAAGCUGCUCAACUGCACUCCAACCACCUACAACGUGGGAGGCAACGUGCCGUUGGAGUGGCUCAACAUUGGCCAUAGACGCCGCAACCUGCGCAUUUAAUUAGGAUUAAUAUAAAUACUAAGUAACAAGCCAUUGUUUGUUUGCUCCGCUAGCCGCUCAAGCCAGAUUAUUAAGACAAUCGUAUCCGAGUGCCACAGCUGGCGCAGCAAACGAUCGAAUUGAAGAUUUAGCUUAGAACAUAGGGAAAUUAAAGUAUCUUAGGUCUGUGUUUAACCCUCAACAUUUGCAGUCUUAGCGAAUACCAAUUUAAAUGAUUAUCUUGCAUCAGAUUUAAUAUUUUAAGAUUAACGAACAAAAACAAUUAACAAAGUCUAGAGAUUGACUUCUAGUGCUGGAGGGUUAAAUCGAAUACUGGUGU